AGUACACGAGUCAGUUGAGCCCCGACAUUAUCAAGAACGACACACACACACACAGGCGCCUCUUGACAACCUCCUCCUGCUCCCCCUUCAGUAGUCACCAGGUGAACUAACUCCUGAAGUCAUCAUACAGUCAUCGUUGAGUCAUGUGGAUCGAGGUGUUGGUGACGGUGGUGGCUGUGUUGUUCGGUCUUCGCAUCUUGUACAGGAAAACCUCGGGUCGAUGCCACUCCCAAAGGUCACUGACGGGGAAGACUGCCAUCGUCACUGGUGGAUCUGCAGGUCUAGGGAAGUUCACCGCUAAGGACCUGGUGCGUCGAGGUGCCCGGGUAAUACUGGCCUGUAGGAACCUGGAGAAAGCAUGCAAAGUGGCAGCGUGGAUCCGGGAAGCUGAGGGAAGCGUCGGGGAGGUGGUGGUGAGGGAACUGGACACCUCUGACCUCGCCUCCGUCAGGCAAUUCGCCAAUGAGAUUCUACUGACGGAGAAAUCCCUGCACAUCCUGGUAAACAACGCGGGUAUAAUUGGCUUCAAAGACAAGAGAAUGACCAAAGAUGAUCUUGAGCUGACCAUGGCAACUAACCACUACGGCCACUUCCUCCUGACCAACCUCCUCCUAGGGCUACUGAAGCAGAGUGUCCCCAGCCGUAUCGUGAACGUGUCCUCAGGAAAUCACUGGUUCAUCAAAAGCCUGGAUGUCACCUCUGCCGCUCUCAACUUCAAGACAGAACCUUACAACAGGAUCCGGGCGUACGGCAAGAGUAAAGUGUGUAAUAUUCUGUUUACCCUGGAGCUGGCAUCUAAACUGUCUGGUACCGGUGUGACAGCCAACAGCCUUCACCCGGGUGUCAUCCACACCGACUUAAUAAACCCUCAUCCGCUAAUUCUCUUGACCGGUGAAUUAAAUCCACUGAGUAAAAUUAUCUGCAAGGUACUGCACUCACCCAACCACCCAUCCACGCACCCACCCACCCAUUAA